UAAGACAGCUGAUAGCUGGAUGGAUUCGCGCCUUAUACGUGAGAUUAUGAGAUCGAAAUUUAUCAUAUCAGUGGAUAUCAGCAAAAUAUAAGUGUUUAUAUUUUUGUUGGUUCUAUCUAUAAUAAUGCCGAUGUAAUCUUUUAUUUACAGUAAAUUUAAUAUUAUAUUCUAAAUUUUGAUUGUGAAAAAACAUGGGUAUUACAGGACUAUUACCCUAUCUUGAAGUCGCUGGAAGAAAUUGUCAUAUUAGCGAGUUUAAGGGUAGUGUUAUAGGUAUUGAUGUUUCCUGCUGGCUACAUAAAGCAGCCAGUACUUUUGCUAAAUCCGUUAUUAUUCAUAAAGACUAUGAGCGUGUGGUAAGAUACUGUACCAACUUUAUAGAAAUGAUGUCAAAAUGUGGUGUCAAAUGUAUAUUAGUUUUUGAUGGCAAAGCCUUACCAGCAAAAGCAGGAGUUAAUAUUAAAAGAAGCGAAAAAAGAAAAGAAUACAAACAAAGAUCUGAUGAAUUACUAGCACUAGGAGACACUGCCCUUUCAGAAAAAUACCUACAAAGAAGUAUCAGUAUCAAACCAGAAUUAAUAUCAGAGGUAAUAAAUGCAUGUCACCAAAUGAAUGUUGACUGCAUUGUUGCUCCAUAUGAAGCAGAUGCUGAAUUAGCAUAUUUAUCCAAUAUUGGAGCUGUUAAUAUAGUUAUAACAGAAGAUUCAGAUCUCAUGCUUUUUGGUUGCAAAAGAGUGAUAUACAAACUAGAUACAAAAGGAAAUGGUGUACUUAUAGAGGCAAAUAAAAUACAUUACUGUAUGGGCCUACAAGUUCAACAAUAUACCUUUAAUAAAUUUCUUUAUAUGUGUAUUCUGUCUGGAUGUGAUUAUCUACCAUCUUUACCAGGCAUAGGCCUUAAAAAGGCAGAGAAAUUUAUAAAAUUAACAGAGGAAACGAACCCUUUAAAGUUUUUAGGAAAACUGGCAAGAUACUUAAGAAUUUCACAACUGGUUGUGACAGAUGAUUACAAAGAAAAUUUCAUGACUGCUGUAGCCACCUUCAAACACCAAAUUGUGUUUGACCCUUUUUUAAAACAAUUAGUUCACCUUACAAAUCCUAUAGAUGUCCCAGACAAAUACCUCAAAAAUGCUGGGUCAUUUUUUGAUAACAAAGAAGCUUUGGAAUUGGCCCUAGGCAAUAUCAGCUCAUCAGAUGGAACUCGUUUAGCGAACUGGGAUACCACAAAAUGUGAAAAGGGUAGUAUAUGGCAUGAAAUUGAUCCAAGGACUCUACAAAAUCCGCAAAAUGCUACUACAACAAGUAAUAUUGCUGCUGUAACAGGCUUUUGUACUGUUACAAGAAAUAUUGAUAAAAAACUGGAAGGGAAAUUUAGUUCUUUUAAGUUCAAUGUAAUGGCAACCCUCACUACAUCUAUACAACAAUCUAAGGUUGAAGAUGAACUGAUGGAAGAAGCUGAUAAAAGAAUUAAAAGUGAAAUAAAUGUUUUAAGCCUAAAAAGAAAGAUGAGUGAUGCAGAUAGUUCAGAUGGAAGUAGUAACGAAGAUGGUCGCAGUUCCCCUGUUCUAGUAAAGAAUCCAUUCAUGAAAAAAAUAAGCAAAUUUGCAAUGACUGAAAGUGUUGAGACUGAAAACCUCAAUGUGAGUAUUCAAAGUCGAUACUUUUCAACUGCAUCGUCUUCAAAUAACACAGAAUAUCGUGAAACUAAACAAGAAUCGGAGAGCUCUGAUGAACUUAAAGGCUUAACUCAAGGCUCUGAUAACUCAAUUCCAGAAAUUGUUCAAGCUACAGAGAAUACUGAAAAUAUAGAAAAUCAACCUAACAAUUUUUUGAAUGAUUCACUUGCUGAAAUUCAUAUUGCAGAUAAGCAAAUUUCAGUUUCAUCUAUAAUUGUAACGGAUUUUAGUCCUUCAACUUCUAAGGCUCAACCAAGGAAGCGAAAAUUGGAAACUACAGACGGAGGUGCAAAGAAAAAACAACUUCCUGGGCAGACAUCUAUAAAAAAAUUCUUCAAAUCUUAUUCAAGUAGUUCUCAAGUAAAUUUGUAAAAUGACAUUUGUCUUGUAUGUUUGAUAUUUAUGAUAUUACCAGUUAUUGAUAUUACUUUUAGCGACUUCUUUUAUGCAUAAAAUGGCGGGAUCAAUCAAAAAUAUAAGUAAUUUAUUAUAAAAAAAAGUUUAUCAGAUUAAAUGUCAUUUUCGGCAAAACGUAUCAUUGAAUCACUAAAAGAAUUCGCUGAAUAAUGUUAAAGCGGUAUUGUGUUCAUGUUAAAACAUGAAUUUAUGUGAUAAAAAUCGCAAUUGUUAGUUACAAUACUUCAUAUCGCCGGUCCGGAAGAAGAAUGAAGUAACUGCAAAAAGCAAAAAUCGGUAUGGCGUUUAUUCUUACAACGAUGGCUUAUAUUUUCAUCCCCAUUAGUUCGAAUUUCAUUAUCUUAAUUUAAUCCCCCAUUUUCAACCCUAUCUACAGUUGCGUCAUAACAAGGUCUAAAAUGGCGCAUAUUUCAAUAACGACACAACUACCCUGUAAUUUCUCAGCACAUAGUUACAAUUCUGAGUUUUUUGUAUCUGUAUACAGUAUUUUAGAAGUUAAUUACCCAAUAAACAGGAAUUGACCAAAUUUACAGUUACGUCAUUGCUCUUCCGGAACGCCGACAUGACUUUUGCGUUCAUCAGAGGUUUCGAAAGAUAUCUAAUAUUUAUAAAAGUGUGCAUGGCACGACCUACUUGCUUUAUUGCAUCCCAAGGAUGCCCAGUGAGUCUCAUAUCUGAUUUUUUAUGGUGAAUUAAAGUUGAAAUAUAGGACCCUUCAGAAAUAUUCCAUGACUACUUAAAUUGUGUCAAAUGUAAUGUUCCUGGUUCUUUAAUUCUUACAGUAUUGGCAAGUGAUAGUUUCUUGGAAGCUUAUAUUCAUCCAAGCAAACAUGCAAUGCCUAACUGAAUGUUUUAUUGCAUCCUAAGAUUUUUUGAUAUUGUUUCAUAUAGGUUAGUAAUUUUAUAUUUUUUAUUUUAGUGACUAAGCUUUUUCACAAAAUAAUGCAUCAACAGAAUAUUGUAAAUAAGUAACUGUAACAAAUGUAUGAAAUAUACUGAAAAACAACAAAAAGGAACAUGUGUUUUUGUGAAUGGUUUUUUGAGGAAUAUUUUCUCAUUUAACAAGUUUUCGAAAAUUCGUAAAAGCAGGCAUCGAACUCAGAACUGAUUAUUUUAUUACAUCCCAUGGGUGCUCUAAGAGAUUCAUGUCUGAUUAAACAGUUUUGUUGGUGCGGUGCAUUUUUUGUGGUAGAUUUAAUAAAUAGUUUGAGUGUUCUAUUUAUUCUAGUGAGUUUUUAUAAUAAAAAUGUUUAUAAGUCGUUUGUAAAUAUUAAAAAACAUAUAUAAACCGUUUUUUUAUUUGGUCA